CAGACAUCAUAAUACCAGUACCAGACAAACCACCAGAAAUCCAUUCACUUAGCACAAGUCAUUUCACUCCACCAGUGACUGACUGCCUUCUCUUAUUAAAACUGGUGACGGGCCUCUCUUUUCCCAAAUCUUUCCACAACAUCUUCACACAUCUCCCAGAGAAACCAAAUCCGACUCCAAACUACCACCUACAGCCCACCAUCUACAUCAUUACCCCACCAUGGCAACUCCUUCAGAUUUGAGCCAGCUCUUGGAGAUGGGCUUCCAAAAGGAACGCGCAGAGUUAGCAGUCAAGAAGACAGGUGGACGUAAGCUAUUCGUAUUCUACUCGUGCGAUCAAUUGCUAAUGAUGUACAGUUCAAGAUGCCUUGCAAUGGCUCGAGGACAACCAAGACAAAUCCAUAGAGGAGAUCUCUGGUCCCGUCGCUGCGGACGAGACAAACCCCAACGUCGAACCAGAUGUAUUAAAGGAUGGCGAGAUUGCUAAAUCACUUGUAUGCAAUGAGUGUGGAAAGAAACUCAGAAGCAUGGGGCAGGCUGAGCUCCACGCUAGUAAGACGUAUGUUGAUUCCCGGGAUUAGGGAAACACAAAAAGCUAAAAAACUCCACAGAGGUCACGUAGAUUUCGGAGAGUCCACGGAAGAAAUUGCGCCUAUGACUGAGGAGGAAAAGAAGAUAAAACUUGCAGAGCUCAGAGCAAAGGCAGAAGAGAAGCGAGCCAAGCAAGCAGUCAUCGACAAGGAAGAGCAACGUAAGAACGAGGUAUGUGACACCUUUCUAUUUUCUCCUCUACGUUUACUCCGUUCUUGCGGGCAAAUACUUCCAGUUCUCUGGUGUAUCUUUCUCCGGGAACAAUAGCAGCACCACUUGAUAUGUAUGUGUCUCGAUACUAACAGUCUCUCCAGAAAAUCCGCCAAAAGUCUACCCGCGAGAUUCAAGAUAUCAAGGAGAAUCUCGCAAAACAAGAACAAAUCAAGAUUGCCGCCAAGAAGCGUGAGGAAAAAAUCGCCGACGCCGCAGCAAAGAGACGUAUCAAGGAAAAGAUCGAGGCCGACAAGGAAGAACGCCGUCUCAAGGCCGAAAAAGUCAAGGCUGAGCGAGAGGGUCGUCAAAUAGCACAGGCUGCUGAGCCGGUAGCAGCACCCAUUCCAGCUGCUGAGAGAAAGCCUACCGUUCACACAGAAGCACGAUUGAGACUGCAAUCCGCCAGCGGUACUGUCCAGAAGACUUUUGGGGUCGAGGCUACUCUUUUUGAAGUUGCUCAGGCUCUUGAGGCCGACGGAGCUCCUAAGGUUGAGAGUUUCACUAUGACUUUUCCUAGGAAGACUUUUAGUGGAGCUGUUGACUUUGGAAAGACUCUCAAGGAGGCUGGUUUAGUCCCUAGUGCCGUCUUGAUUGUCAAAUGA